AUGGGCCUUUCUCAGCAGCGCAAGGCCCCUUGGAUCGUGGAUUGUGCGUUCGUCCUCUCUCUCAGACCCACAAGCAGCAGCAGCAUCGUCAUCGUGGGCAUCAUAACGGACUCCUAUGCAGUGCUUUUAGGACACCAUGGGUUUCAGAGACCUAAAAAGCCUGCCAGCCUCCAGGUGCUCAAUGAUGACCUAGUGGACAAGAGCUACAUCAAGGGGUAUGUGCCAUCACAAGCAGAUGUGGCAGUAUUUGAAGCGGUGUCUGGCCCACCGCCUGCAGACUCGGGUUGUGCCCUAAGUUGGUAUAAUUACACCAAGUCUUAUGAAAAGGAAAAGGCCAGCCUGCCAGGAGUGAAGAAAGCUGUGGACAGGUAUGGUCCUGCUGAUGUGGAAGACCCUACAGGAAGUGGAGAUAGAGACAGUAAAGAUGAUGAUGACAUUGAUCUCCUUGGAUCUGAUGAGGAGGAAAGUGAAGAAGCAAAGAGGCUAAGGGAAGAAUGCCUUGUACAAUGUGAAUACAAGAAAGCCAAAAAACCUGCACUUAAGGCCAGGUGUGGUGGCUCAUGCCUGUAAUCCCAGCACUUUGGGAGACCGAGGCAGGUGGGUCACUUGAGGUCAGGAGUUUGAGACCAGCCUGACCAAUAUGAUGAAACCCCUCUCUAUUAAAAUACAAAAAUUAGCCGGGUGUGGUGGUGGGUGCCUGUAAUUCCACCUACUCAGGAGACUGAGGCAGGAGAAUCACUUGAACCCGAAAGGCAGAAGUUGCAGCCAAGAUCAUGCCACUGCACUCCAGCCUGGGUGACAGAGUGAGACUCUGUCUCAAAAAAAAAAUAAAAAAAGAGAACAGUAAAAUAAGAUCCAUAAAAGAAAGAAUAUAUGAUAAGUGCAAAAUUUAGAGAGGCUCAUCAAACCUAAAAGAAAAAAACUGGACUUUUUGCCACAUCUUUCAUCUUACUAGAUAUGAACCUUGGGAUGAUGAGGCAGAUAUGGCGAAAUUGAAGGAGUGUGUCUGAAGCAUUCAAGCAGACGGCUUAGUCUGGGGCUCAUCCAAACUAGUUCCAGUGGAAUACAGAAUUAAGAAACUUCAAAUACACUGUGUGGUUGAAGAUUAUAAAGUUGGAACAGAUAGGCUGGAGAAGCAGAUUGCUGCUUUUGAGGAUUGUGUGUAGCCUAUGGGUGUGGCUGUUUUUAACAAGAUCUAAAAUCCAUCCUGGAUCAUUGCACUUAAACAAAAUCUUGAAAUACUAAAAAAAAAAAAAAAAAAACAUGUAGAGCCAGGCUGGGUGUGGUGGCUCAUGCCUGUAAUUCCAGUACUUUGGGAGGCCAAGGCAGGUGGAUCAUAGGUCAGGAGAUCGAGACCAUCCUGGCUAACAUGGUGAAACCCCGUCUCUACUAAAAUAUAAAAAAUUAGCCAGGUAUGGUGGCAUUUGCUUGUAGUCCCAGCUGCUCGGGAGGCUGAGGCAGGAGAAUUUCUUGAACCUGGGAAGCAGAGGUUGCAGUGAGCCAAGACUGCAGCACUGCACUCCAGCCUGGCAACCGAGCAAGACUUCAACUCAAAAAAAAAAAGUAGAGUCAGACAACCUGGAAAUCUAAUCUAAUUUCAGUCACUUAUGUGAUUGACUUUGGGCAAAUUCAUUGAAGUCUCUAUAAAAUGGGAAUAAUGCUAAAAUCUACCUCAUAAGGACGUGUAUUUAAUAAGACAGCAGAACAAGUGUUUUAAAAACACCCUACAUAUUUGUUUGUUGUUUUAAUCAAAACAGUAUAGUCCAGACUUGCCUAAUUCUUGCUAAUAAUAUGUGGUAACCAGUCAUUUUGUAAUUAUGUUUCUUAAGUGACACCAGCUUUAAAUGCAGUCUUGAUAACAGUUUUGGAACAUUACAGCUCUAGAUUUGUUGCCACCACCUGUGGGAGAACCCCUCCCCUCUACUUCUCUCCAAUUCCUCUGAUUUAUGCCUUCCCUGAAACCUAGAGCCUUGCUUCUCAAGGUGCGGUCUGCAGACCAGCAUCACUGCCUUCACCGGUGAUGGGUUAGGAAUGCAGACUCUCAGGCCUACUGAGUUAGAAUUUUUAUUUUAGCAGGUCCCCAGGGGAUCUCCAGUAAAGCCCCAUAAAAGAGCUCCAGUAAAGUUUGAGAAACAUUGGUUUAAGUUACCCCAUCGAGCCUUCCACUUUCUCCUGGCCUACUCUGGCUCAUUGCAAUCAAGUUGUGUUGUUAUCAAUAACAAUAAUAGACCGUGCACAGUGGCUCAUUCCUAUAAUCCCAGCAGUUUGGGAGGCUGAGGUGGGCGGAUUAUCUGAGGUCAGGAGUUCGAGACCAGCCUGGCCAAUAUGGUGAAACCCCGUCUCUACUAAAAAUACAAAAAUUAGCCAGGCGUGGAGGCAGGGCAUCUGUAAUCCCAGCUACUCAGGAGGCUGAGACAGGAGAAUUGCUUGAACCUGGGAGGUGGAGGUUGCAGUGAGCCGAGAUCACACCACUGUACUGCAGCCUGAGCAACAAAGAGCAAAACUCCAUCUCAAAAGAACAAUAAUAAUAAUAACAGAUACUAUUUAUUGAUCACGUACCGUGUGCUUGGUGUUAGGCUAAGUACUUAAUAUGCAUUGUCUCAUUUUGAGGCACAUUUCAUCUUUAUUUUUGCCAUUCCAGCAGGUACAUAGAGCCACGUAUUUCUCAAACCUCUUUCAUGGAUGCUAUUGGUUCAGGGGUCACUAUUGGUUGCCUACCAAAAUUUGUUUCUACAACUUUCUUUCCAGCAGAAUCCUAUCUCAUGUCUCCAGUCCUCAUCAUGGGCUUCAGGGAGAGCUGACCUGAGCCCCGUUUCCAUGUAAAGACUUUUAUUAACUAAGGGUAAUCCCACUCCCCUUGAUAAUUGGUUCAGGAAUGGGCAGAUGACCCAAUUCUGUCCAAGGAAUCUUCAGGAAGUCUGUUAGGAAGUUUUCUUACUCAUAAGAGGGAGUUGCGGGGAAAGGUAACCUUCUCGGAUAUUGUCAUGGCUGAAUGUUAUGCCUGGAAUUUCUGCCAUUUGGCUACUAGCUUCAAGGUGAAGCUCUCUCUGGAGUGACAGAGAGGAGUGAUGCUUUCCUUAUCAGCGUGGAGCUGCUGGAUCCCUCUGGGGCUUAUAGGUUUUGUGAGUUAAUAGAUUCCCUUCUUGUUUAAGCCAGACUGAGUGAGGGUUCUGCUCCUUGCUUUCUAACAGACAAAAUUUGCUUUCAAGUUGGUGCCCAGAAGACACAGCUCCUUCCUGGAGGGUUUCCCUAUGGGGUUCUUAGGAAGGAAAGCUUCUCUCUCCAUUAGCCGAGGCCAAUGGAAUGGAAAAAGAAGGAAGGGGUUCUCCUGGAGAUGAACAUAGCUUCUUUGAUUUGUUACCUGUGUGACCCUCAGCAAGCACUUUAUCUCCUUGACACUUAGUUUUCUGAUAUGCAGAUUGUGGAGCCAAGGAUCCCAACUUGCUUCCCAGGGUGCUGGUGAGACUCCUGUGAGACGCUGGAAGGGCAAGUUUUCAUCACCAAUCAAGGACCUACAUAUAGAUCUGGGGCUGACACUGCUCAUGGGCAUGGUUACCUCGGAAAGCUGGUCGGUGCCAGAGCUGGGGCUCCGUCUGUCUCCUGACCCCCAGAGCAAUGUUUUUUCUAUCAUAACCUGACUCAGUCUCUCCCCUAUGGGGUCAUCUAUUUUCUGCCUUUUUCUUCCUCAAAUGCAAGGCAUAAGCAUGGCCUGAAGCAUAACUGUUAGGAUUUCCUGGGGCAUUUCUUUCAACUCCACCGUUUCCACCCCCACCUUGGCAGGGCUCAUCAGGGCCCAGCUUGGCCAACCCUGGCGUUGUAAUGCAUUGGCCAGGAUGGGCCUUUGUUGUCUCUGGACUGCAGCUCCCCCCACCCCUGUUGCCUAUGGCCACUUUUGCUCAUUUCUCUUGGGAGCUGCCUAGCUGCAGAGAAAGGCCUUUGGAACCCUUCUCUUUUCAGCCAUCCUUUAUUGAAUUUCACCUCCAUUUUUUUUCCUUUCCAAAUAGGAACAUCAUUUAUCCAGGACUUUAAGUUGCAGAGGUCUUUAAGAGCUUUCUCUUUCCCAGCUGCAUUUGUUGACACACAGUCAAUCUGUUUCUUGCCUCCACUCCCCCUCCCCCCACCCCACCCCAAGCAGGCCAUAAAGUGUCUACAGCUGUGCCCUUUAUUACCCUUCCCUUUCUAUGCCCACGAGGGGGAUGAGCCGAAAUAUAGCACAGCCAUUACUGCUAACAAAAAGGGACAAUUUUAAAGCAUUUCUGCUUUUCAGCAGGGAAGCUAAUGGUACAAAAAGAAAAUGCAUCAUUUUAUUGUAAAUGUUUUUAAAAUAUGGGUCACUUGGCCAUAAUCAGCCUCCAAAGACGGACAAGUUUAAAGCGAAAGCAGUCACAUAAAUAGCAGUUUUUUCCCCUUGCCUUUUCAAUUAUGCUAAUCGACACCAAGAAAAACAGGGAGGGGGUAGCUCUUACCAACCCACACACUCCGGCUCCAACUCCCUCCUCUCCAGUGAAGAGCAUGGGAAGUAAGUUUGCCAGGCCAAUGGUGCCCCCAGACUAAGAAACCCUUUUACUUUUUACUUCUGUUUCAGCAAGUAUUAAGAGGCUUGUGGUCCGGUCUUUCAGGAUGGGAUGGUUUUCCCAACCUGGGUGGAAAGGAAACUCUUAUUACGUUUGCUGAAAACUUUAAAAUGCAGAAGGCUGCCUGACAGCUACCAGGUGUGUGUCUGGGAUGGGUGGGUCUGCCCAGGAGCCGAGGGCGGGAGGUUGGAACAGAUAUGCUGGGAGGGUAGGCAAGGGAAGUGGUUGCUGUUCCAAAGAGGACACUCUCUCAGUGACUUUGAAGGUAGGAAAUGGAUAUGAUGUUUGGUAGGACUAUGGUGAGAGAUUAGAGGUAGAAAAAAGACACCAUGUUCAGACUGAUGGCCAAAAGGUGUCCCCCUGCCACCCACUCCUGUGCCCCUCGGGGUCCCGCCUCUUAAAGUGUGAACCAGGCUCUGCCUCUGGGAAAGGAAGUAGGGCUUGAGAGGAGGAUUUGAGCCAUAGGAAAUAGGACCAGAUUUCUAAUGCAACUGGAGUGAGGAGGGCUGGAUUAUACACUCCUGAGAACCAGCUGUCAACAUGAUACAAAGAACGGAGACACGGAAUCCAGAGAGCUGAACUCAAGCCCUGGCUUUCCAGUGCACUAGCUCUGUUAACACAAACUCUCCGAGCCAUGGGGCCCCUGUCUGAAAUGAGGAUGACAGGGGAGAAACUUCUACCACACAACAUUGCUAGGAGCAGUCAACGAGCUCAGGUGCAGGAGGUGAAUCUGGCAGGUGUUCAAUGGUUGAGGAAAAUAGUUGAUGAAACUGAUUCUGAACCAGGAGGUGGAGCCCCAGGAUAUGCUAACUGGGCUACAUGGAUGGUUAACCAGUUUUCCGAGACAUUCCGAUUCGAAACUCGAAAUGGUAUCAAGGGAUGCUUAGAAAGUGUCCCUAGAAGGAGAUGCAUGGAGAAGAGACAUAUUGGAUCAGGGUGCUGAGUUCUUAGGUGGGUAGAGGGCAUGGCUUAGGAUCUGCCAAUCUGCUUCUGAUCCCAGAUCUACUGCUAACUUGUUAAGUGACCUAAGCUUCUCAGCCACCACUUCCCGUCAGUAUAUUAGGAAUAAAAGCAGUGGGAUGACAUAAGGCUGUGAGGACUAAGAUGAGAUUAAUCAUACAAAGCCCUUAG